AUGAAGAAGAUACAUAUUGCCAUUCAGGGCUGUGCACACGGACAAUUAAGAAGAAUAUAUGAGUCUGUAAAUUCUUUAAAGAACAAACCGGACAUUCUACUUAUAUUGGGAGAUUUCCAAUCACUCCUCACCAAGUAUGACUUUAAGACAUGUGCCAUACCACCUAAGUAUGCAAAGCUUGGAGAUUUUCACCUAUAUUACACGGGACAACUUAAGGCACCAGUUCUCACGGUGUUCAUUGGUGGUAAUCAUGAAAAUAUGGGACAAUUGACUAAGCUACCUUAUGGAGGAUAUGUCGCAGAGAAUAUCUACUAUAUGGGAGCAUGUAAUGUGAUAAAUUUCAUGGGAAUAAAGUUGGGUGGUAUUAGUGGGAUAUAUAACGAGUAUGAUCAUUUGCAUGAAAGGACAGAAUGGGAUCAGAUAGAUUGGAAUCGUGAGAAGAGAAAUACAUAUCAUGUAAGAGAUUCUGAACUUGUGCCUCUAGCUAUGAUGAAGUCACCCAUCUCCUUAAUUAUGUCUCAUGAUUGGCCUACUGAAAUUGCCAAAUAUGGCGAUCUAAAGAAACUUUUGAAGCAAAAACCCUAUUUUAAAGAUGAAAUCAACGACAACACGUUAGGUUCCCCUUUAAAUUUCUAUCUUUUAAAGAAAUUGAGACCUGAGUGGUGGGUGAGUGCACAUUUACAUGUGUUCUUCACGGCAGAAUACAAGCAUGAUAGAAAACUUAAUGAAGAUGAGAUAGAUUUGGACUUGGAUUUGGAUAUGAAUGUCAGCACAAAUAAAGAUGGGGGAAAAGUAGCAGAUGAUGAUCAAAACCAAUGUACUGAAACUAAGUUCAUGGCACUAGAUAAAUGUAAAGGUGCGGAUACUACCAAGCAUUUAACUCAAAUUUCCCUCGAAUAUGACGAGAAUCAUCCAACGUGCAAGGAUAGAGCUUUAUAUUGGGACCCGGAAUUCUUGGCAAACCUGAAAUACUGCACAUCAAUUAAAGAUUCUCUAUUAGGAAAGAAGCUAGAAAACAUUGAUGUUGAAAGUCUACAGAGUAAUAUUAAAACUCCUACGAUAAACGACUGGGACCAAUACAAAAUACCAAUACCGAAGUCUUUUAGAUCUAUGGUCAAGCAAACGGACUACAUCAAGGAAACACAUUUACAAUAG